AUGGCCGAAGGAACUUGGGAGAAGCUGUCCCAGGUCGCUGUCCUGGGCGCUGAAUAUGACUCCCCUGAACGCCAGCCCCAUCCGAAAUGUUUGAAAGGUACCCGAGUGGACCUUCUCGAAUUCAUCCACGGACGGUUGAACAAGCGAGAGAAGAGUCAAAUAAUUUGGCUGCAUGGGACGGCAGGCGUCGGAAAGUCUGCUGUGGCAUUCACUGUAGCUGAAAGAAUGAAAAGUCUGAAAAUGACAGAGGAGACGAAAAUUGAAACAAGGCUCGCGGGGACAUUUUUUUUCUCGCGCAAGCACACGAAACGCAGCACAACCGGUCAUUUCUUUGCCACGCUUGCUUACCAGCUUGCGAGCAAUUUUCCCAGCGUCAGGAACGACGUGAACAGAGCCGUCCGCGAGAAUCCUGCAGUUCUAGACUCCAGCAAGUCUCUUCGUGACCAGAUGAAGGCGUUAUUUCGCCAACCUCUUUGGCACCUGCAACUCAGGUUACGCGACUGUCCGCCUCCGGUCUUUGUCAUUGAUGCCCUUGAUGAAUGCAAACCUGAAACUAUCCCCGACCUCAUCUCCCUCCUCGGGGAAGCUCUUCGUGAUCCUGAACUUCCCAUGAUCCACAUUCUGCUCACGAGUCGCUUGGAAGAGCAUAUACGUAAAGCCAUUCAAACAGAAGAGAUGUGCGCACUGGUAUACGAGAUACCAGUGCACACUUCUGGGGAAGGCAUUUCUCGCACCAUUUCGUUAGAUGGCGAAGAUGUUGACAAUGACAUCUAUGUCUUCUUACAGCAUUCCUUCAUGGAGUUGCAAAGUCGUCAUCCUGAUUUCCCUCAGCCCACUGAGGAUAAUCUUACGCGAUUGGCGAACCGAGCUGGUAGACGUUUCAUCAUAGCAUCUACAAUGAUGAAGUUCGUCGAUGACGGAUACAAUGACCCCCGGGAGCGCCUUGAACUCAUGCUCGAUCUAACCAAUAAACUGCUACCUGGGACAGAAGUGUACGAGCUAUACAACCGCAUCCUCUCCACCUGUUCGAACCCCAAUCGGGCAUACCAGCACUUGUCCAUUGUUGCUGCCCUUGCAGACCCUCUGCCAAUCUCACUGAUCUCGAAGCUCCUUGGUCCUGGUCAAGGCAGUGAUGUCGCAACCGUACUAGUACAGCUACGGUCUUUCAUAGAUAUCCCCGUUGACAGCAGUCAUCCCAUAAAUAUCUACCACUCAUCCAUUCGAGACUAUGUUUCAGACUUCUCAAACUGCAACCUCUCUGGAUUACAACCCGUCAUAGCACCACAUUCCCAACUCGCUUAUUCCUCUUUCUGCUUGAUGAUCCAAGAUAUUCCAGAGCGCACUGAUUUGAUGGAUGCGCUCUCAGAAUUGAGGUCACAGGAUCAGGCUAUGCAACCCCUCGACCCCCGGGACCUGCAACAAUCGUUAGCCUUCAUUGUUGAGCCACCAGAGCCGUUGCAGGUUCUCAUGGGCCUGUUAUGGCUUCGGGGAGCUCGCGGGUCUGGUCUGCGGUCCUGGCUAAGGACUUUGGAUGGACGUGCAUGGCUACAGACCCAAUAUGGGGAAGACUAUUUGCGGACACAGAAGGGAGAAGACUGGCUGCAGACCUUGGACGGGGGGCAUUGGCUGCAGACCCACACAGGAGACACUUGGUUACGGACCGAGAGGGGGCGAGGGUGGCUGCAGAGUAGGCCAGGGUGGCUGUGGACUCAAAGACGGCGACAAGUCACUGGAGACCCUGGCGAAGACCAGAAGCGGGAGGGAGUGGCUGGAGACACCGUACGGGGAGGGAUGGCUAGUGACAGAGAGCAGGAGAGUGUGGAUGGAGACAGAGAGCGGGAGGGAGUGGUUGGAGACAGAGAGCGGGAGGGUGUGGCUGGAGGCAGAGAGCGGAAGGGUGUGGCUGGAGACAGAGAGCGGGAGGGUGUGGCUAGAGACACAGCAUGGGAUGGUAUGGCUAGAGACAAAAAGCGGGACGGAGUGGCUGGAGACACAGAGCGGGAGGGUGUGGAUAAAGACGCAGAGCGGGAAGUUGUGGAUGAAUGCACAGAAUGGGAAGCUGUGGCUGAAGACACCGAGCUGGAGGGUGUGGCUGAAGACACCGAACUGGAGGAUGUGGCUGACGACAUUGCAUGGGAGGGAGUGGCUGAAGACACCGAGCGGGAGAGUGUGGCUGGAGGCACCGAGCGGAAGAGAGUGGCUGGGGACAUCGAACGGGAAAGAGUGGCUGAUGGCACCGAGCGGGAGAGUGUGGCUGGAGACACCGAGCGGGAGAGUGUGGCUGGAGACACCGAGCGGGAGAGCGUGGCUGGAGACACCGAGCGGGAGAGCGUGGCUGGAGGCACCGAGCGGAAGAGAGUGGCUGGAGGCACCGAGCGAGAGAGAGUGGUUGAGGACACCGAACAGGAAAGAGUGGCUGGGGACAUCAAGCGGGAGAGCGUGGCUGGGGACACCGAGCGGGAGAGUGUGGCUGGAGACACCGAGCGGGAGAGCGUGGCUAGAGGCACCGAGCGGAAGAGAGUGGCUGGAGGCACCGAGCGAGAGAGAGUGGUUGGGGACACCGAACGGGAAAGAGUGGCUGGGGACAUCAAGCGGGAGAGCGUGGCUGGGGACACCGAGCGGGAGAGAGCGCUGUAUUUCGCUUCAUAUCAUCUGUUUCUGAUGUUCCAGGGCGAGUAG